GGCACAUUGUCACCAGCAUGGUGUGCCAGCCUAGGGACCCAGCCGGUGUCACAGCCGUUCUAGUUUGUAGGGUGGCCAUGACCAUGAGGGAAGAGCCUUGUUAGAAACUGGGAAACAGGGGUGCCUGGGUGGCUCAGUCGGUUAAGCAUCUGCCUUCGCCUUGGGUCAUGAUCCCAGGGUUCUGGCAUCAAGUCCUGCAUCGGGCUCCCUGCUCAGCGGGGAGGCUGCUUCUCCUUCUCCCUCUGCCCCUGCUCCCCCUGCUUGGGCUCUCUCUCUCACAAAUAAAUAAAUAAAAUCUUAAAAAAAAAAAAAGAAAUUGGGGAACAAGCUAACAACCAUGGACCAGAUGAGCUUGUUUGGGAAGUGCAAUCUAGGAGGACCAGGACUUGGGAUGACAACGUGAGGCGUGAGUGACCGCUUAACGCUACCAACUUAAGGUCUCAACCCCCCUGUGAGCUGGGCUUUAUGGUGUCCCCAUUUCACGAGAGGAAACCAAGGCCCAGGGGACCUAAGUGACUUGUGGAGCCAGGAUUCAACACCAGUUUGUAGUUGACUCUCCGGGGUGAAACAUUUGGGCCGCCGUGUGACAGAAGUCCUCUUGGCUCCCUGCUCUAAGCAACCAUGUGUGAUCUGCUGGUGGCGGCCCUGGCUCAGGUCACCCGCCCGCUGACCGUUCUUCCACUUGGCAGGACACAUGCUCGCAUGGCAUCUGUGAGUAGGGACAUGUCCCCCAACUCAGGGACCUCGCCUUUCUUUUUCCCCUCACUGCGCGACUCCCCUUCUCAGACCAGUGCCUUGUAGAGCGAGCGAGCGAGUGAGCGAGUGUUCUCCCACUCCCACUCUAGGCUGUCCCAUUUUAGGAUGGUGAGGACGGGCACUGCUCCACAGAGCUGACUGAGGUGCCUACGAUAAUGUGGGAGUGGGGGUGGCAGGCUGUGACCUUACAGAGACAGAGGUCAUUGAGCCACAAUAGGUCUUCCUGUCACCACAGGGGAGUGUGGGCCGCGACAUCAAGGUGCGGCUUGUAAGUGGGUGUGCUGUGACUUCCAGGCUCCAAGAAGGGGUGGAGGUCGUCUGCAGUGGAGUCCGUUUGAGCCCCCGAGUGUCCCCUCUGUGUGGGAUGGUGAGGCUGGGCCUCUGGCGAGGUUGAUCUGUAACACCUCACGCCCCCAACCAAUCCAUCAUGGCUCCCCCCGGAUGUGGGGGGCGGGGUGCUGGCAUCUCCAGGCUGAAUCCUGCCAUUCCUGCGUGAGGUUUUGAGGAAGGAGGUUGGAGUUGGUGUUGUUUUGGAUGUGAGUUCUGAGGAGGGCAGUUCUCUGAGCCUGGGGAACCCAUGAAGGGUGUGGAGCGCAGAGGCGAAGCCCACGCCUGCCCCCUAGGACUGUCACUUUUUAGGUGCUGAAGGUCAUUCUAAGGAGCCCUGGUUCUGCAGGGCCCACAGCUUUGUGAGAAAGGAAAGGGCAAGCCUCUGGAACUCCUCUUCCCUCCCGGAAUGGGACAGUGUCCAUGGGGCAGGCUGUAAUCUGAAACAACAAGGUAGCCAUGACCCCACCACAGCACAUGAGAGGAGCUGGAAAUGUGACUCCCACUGGGGGGAGGUGGAACAUAGGACGGCAAGCCAUCAGACAGGGACACGAACAAGAAGGGAGCAGGGAGAGAACAAGGCAAGACAAAAGUCCAUGGAGAUGUGGGGGCUCGUGAGGGUGCCCGUGGACCCCUGUGGAAGGCCCUGGUUGAGGGUAAAGGUGUCCAGCCACGGAAGUUUGUGGCAAGGGAGCCGGCCAUCUACAUGUCAUUGUACCAGGAGCCCUGGGACAUGGUAGAAUGGUUUGGGGAGAAUUUCCAUGAGGCAGGGCCCACUAGGUGCUUCUGCUAAUGUAUAUGGACCACCAUAGAUUAUUAGCCUUGUUCUGUUUAUUAAUGAACCCCUCCACCAGCAUUAUGGACCCUCCCUAAGCAAGGACAAGCCUUGGUUACUGCUGGUGAGUCCCUGAUGCUCUGCUUGGCAUGCACACGGAGGGAAGCAGACUUUCUGGAACCACGCCAGCUUCCGACGGGUGUAAACACAUGUCUGGCUUUGCCUCUGUGAGGAUCCAUGACUGUGUGUUAACAGCUUGUUGGCCAGCCCAAACUUGACAGAAGGCCAUAUACAUAAAAAAACCUUUUUAUUUGUCUUUCAUCUUGGUCUCUAACCUUUGCUGUAGAAUUUCUCCCUUUCCUGUCCUCAACAAUGUUCAGUUAAUAAAUACCAGUCCAAGAUAGGCCAGUUCAAAGCCUCAGUCUCAAAACCAGUUCCGUGUAGCUCCUUCUGCUCCCACUCCUGUUGUUGGGGACAGAGAGGGGCAAGGAGGGGACCGACAAGCAUCUCUACUCACUUCCUCAUAUGGUCACGGAGAGCACACCCUGGGGGGGCUGUGAAGGCGGGUGCUGGAGUUGGACAAGGCCACAUCCCUGCACAGCUACAAGCCAUCCUGCUCACUUGUGCCCCAUCACCUACCCCCUGACCGGCAACUCACUCCUGGGAUGAGUCUCCUCCUUUGCUACUCUAACCAUCUGCCUGUGUAAACGAGCACACAGAGAUAAACCCUGGGGUGGUGGUUCCUAACAAGCCCUGGAGGGGCCGGCCGGUCCCCCUUGUUUGGCGGAUUGCUCUAUCAGGUGGGGCACUUGCUGCUUCUGGGCCUUUGGUUGUCAUUUUUAGGGCUGUAUGAAACGCCCUUGCCCACCUGUGCAAUGGCUGGAAUGUGGCCCUCUCUGCCUCGAUGGUCUGCUGUGUAUGGCGCUGGGAGGGCCGCUUGAGAACCUGCUCGGGGCUGGCACAGUCCCCUUUCUGCCUUUUUCCUUAGAACCCUGGUUGCAGACCUGCGGUCACACCAACAUCGCCUGCAAGAUGGUGAAGGGGAAGCUGGUGGAGGUAGGCAAGUGGCCAUGGCAGGUGAGCAUCCUGUUUCUGGGCACGUACAUCUGUAGCGGCUCCCUCAUCCACCAUCAGUGGGUCCUCACGGCUGCGCACUGCCUGCAGAGAUCCAAGGACCCCAAAAUGUACUCCGUGAGGGUGGGAGUCCAGAGCCUCCCAGACAACGGCACCCAGCUCCUGCUCACCCGCAUCGUGAUUCACGAGGAUUUCCACAACCUCAUAUCCCAGGACAUUGCUCUCCUGAAGCUCAGGGACCCCAUCUCCUGGUCCCCGCUCAUCCAGCCUGUCUGCCUACCCAGUAACAGAUUCAAGCCAUCUGUCGGAACCAUGUGCUGGGUGAUCGGGUGGGGACAUAAAAGCACUGGAGUCUCUUCAGUAACCCCAAAGACUCCAUACAGUCUUCAGGAGGUGGCAGUCAAGAUCAUAAACAGUGAAACCUGCCAUCAGCAGUACCAGUUCCUCUUCUUGAAGGACCAGAAGGAGUUCAUUGGGGAAGACAUGCUGUGCGUCAGCUCAGAAUGGGGCAUGGACUCUUGUCAGGCAAGGGUAACAAGAGCAAAACAAAAAUGAAAACAAUCCAGUUGGGACUACAUCAAACUAAAAAGCUUCUGCACAGCAAAGGAAACCAUCAACAAAAUGAAAAGGCAACUUACGGAAUGGGAGAUGGUGUUUGCAAAUGAUAUUUUCGAUAAUGGGUUAAUAUCCAAAAUAUGUAAAGAACCCAUACAACUCAACAUCAGAAAAACACCCCAAACAAACAAAAAACCCAAACAAUCGGAUUAAAAAAUGAGCAGAGGACCUGAAAAGACAUUUCUUCCAAAGAAGACCUACAGAUGGCCAACACACACAUGAAAAGAUUCUCAUCACUCAUCAUCAGGGAAAUGCAAAUCAAAACCACAAUGAGAUAUCACCACACCUGUCAGAAUGGCUAAAAUUAACAACACAAAAAACAGCAGGACUCGGUGAGGAUGCGGAGAAAGGGGAACCCUCUUGCACUGUUGGUGGGAAUGCAAACCGGUGCUGCCACUGUGGAAAACAGUGUGGAAUUUCCUCAAAAAGUUUAAAAGUAGAACCACCUUAUGAUCCAAUAAUUCCACUGCUGGGCAUUUACCUGAAGAAAAUGAAAACACUAAUUUGAAAAGAUAUAUGCAUCCCUACAUUUAUUGCAUUAUUUACAACAGCCAAGAUAUGGAAGCAGCCCAAGUGUCCAUUGAUAGAUGAGUGGAUAAAGAAGACCUUCAAUGUAUUUUUGGACUUUUUUCUUUUCUAAUAAAGAUGUUUAAGGCUACAAAUUUCCCUCUGUAUACUGCUUUAGCCUAAUGCCACAUAUCUUAAUAUGUAGCAUUUUUACUGUUAUGCAGUUCUAAAUAUUUUCUAUAAUUCUCAUUCUUACUUCAUUUUGACCCAUGACUUAUUUGGAAGUGUUUUUUUUUUAUUAUUUCCAAAUACAUGUAUGCUUGUUUGUUUUGUUAAUCAUUUCUGACCCAGUUCUCACGUGGUCAUAAAAUUGGCUCUAUGGCGAUACCAGUGAUAUGGAAUAUGUUGCAACUUGCCUAGUGGCCUGGUAUGUAGUUUUUAAUAUUUAUUUCAUUGUUUUCUAUUUCUCUUAAUUUUUCUUCUGCUUCCCUUGGCUUGAUUUGGUUUUCUUUUUCUGUCUUCGUGAGCAAAAAGAUUUACUCUUUCUAGUUUUUGUCUUUAAAGUAUUUAAAACCAUGAAAUCAUCUUUUAAUUAAACGUGGUUUCAUCUCUUAAAUUUUGUACUGUUGUGAUUCCCUUAUGACUACCUUAUUUUAAAGAAUAUAUAGUGUGAUUUGAAAGGAAAUGCAUGCAUCUCCUUAAAAAAGUAGUACAUAAAUGAAAAAGUUGGAAAAUGAAACUUUCUUAUAAUCAAACUACCUAGAAAUUUCUGCUGUAAGUUGUUUACUUUCUAUCCUUAACACUUCUUUCUAUACAUAUAUGAAACUCUAAGAAAGUUUUAGGUUUUUUUCUAGUUUUUAUCUUUAAUGAAAGACUGUACUAUAAUUUUAUUCUCCAAAUUUUUUACUUUCACUUGAAAUAGAUCUUGAACUAUCUUGGACUGUCUAUAUAAAUACAUUCCAUUCUCCUUGAAUACUGAACAACAAGUCUCUCAUAUUGUUAUGUCAUAAUCUGUUUAACCAUUCUCCUAUUGAUAGACAUCUGAACUCAUUUCAGUAUUUUUCUACCA